UUCUCUCUUGAGAAACAGGGUAGCAGCCAUAGCAGCCAAUCUAUCCUUUUCCUUUCCUUCCUUAGUGCCACCACCUAGUUGGUGUGGAGCCCCGUGGACACCAUGUCACAUACAAGCAUGGAUCCAACCAAGAUGGGCAUCGGCCGGUCUAUAGCCGUGCUGACGUCUGGUGGUGAUGCCCAAGGUAUGAACGCGGCCGUGAGGGCCACAGUCAGAGUUGGUAUCUACACCGGAGCCAAGGUCUACUUUGUUCAUGAGGGUUACCAGGGUCUGGUGGAUGGAGGAGACAACAUCAAACUGGCCACCUGGGAGAGUGUGUCCAUGAUGCUGCAACUGGGUGGCACAGUCAUCGGCAGUGCCCGCUGCAUGGACUUCAGAGCCAGGGAGGGCCGCAUGAAGGCUGCCCUGAACCUGGUCAAGCUGGGCAUCACCAACCUGUGUGUGAUUGGGGGUGACGGUAGCUUGACUGGAGCUAACCAGUUCAGGAAGGAGUGGGCCUCUCUGCUGGUCGACCUGGUCAAAGCCGGUAAAAUUACAGAUGACGAGGCCCGGAAAUCGUGCCACCUGAACAUCGUAGGCAUGGUAGGUUCUAUCGACAACGACUUCUGUGGGACAGACAUGACCAUCGGGACUGACUCUGCUCUGCACCGCAUCAUAGAGGUGGUGGAUGCCAUCACCACUACCGCACAGAGUCACCAGAGGACCUUCAUCCUGGAGGUGAUGGGUAGACACUGUGGCUACCUGGCCCUGGUGACUGCUCUGGCCUGCGGUGCUGACUGGGUGUUCAUCCCAGAGAUGCCCCCAGAUGAGGGAUGGGAGGGGCAUCUGUGCAGAAGACUGGCUGAUCAACGAGCAAGAGGAUCUCGUCUGAAUGUGAUUAUUGUGGCUGAGGGAGCCAUGGACAGAGCUGGAAACCCCAUUAGCUCUGAAGACAUCAAGAAGCUGGUGGAGAAGAAUUUGGGCUUUGACACCCGUACCACUGUCCUGGGACACGUGCAGAGAGGCGGCACUCCCUCAGCCUUCGACAGAAUCCUGGGCAGCAGAAUGGGUGUGGAGGCUGUGAUGGCCCUGUUGGAGGCCACUCCAGAGACCCCGGCCUGUGUGGUCAGUCUGUCCGGUAACCAGGCCGUCAGGCUGCCCCUCAUGGAGUGUGUCCAAGUGACUAAGGAUGUGACUACUGCCAUGGCUGAGAAGAGAUGGGAGGAUGCUAUCAAGCUCAGAGGAAAGAGCUUUGAAAACAACUGGAACACAUACAAGAUGCUGGCCCACAUCAACCCUCCAGAUACCAAGAGCAACAUUAACGUGGCUAUAGUAAACAUUGGUGCUCCAUGUGCUGGUAUGAAUGCUGCUGUGCGUUCUGCAGUGAGGAUCGGCAUCAUUCAGGGACACAACAUGUUGGCCGUUCAUGACGGGUUCGAGGGUCUCGCUCAAGGAAAGAUUGAGCCUAUCACCUGGACUGGAGUGUCAGGCUGGACUGGAAAGGGGGGCUCUGAGUUGGGCACCAAGAGAGUCCUUCCUUCUGAGUACAUUGAGGAAAUCAGCUUGACUAUCGCUAAGUUCAAUAUCCACUCUCUGGUGAUUAUUGGAGGGUUCGAGGCGUAUAUGGGUGGUCUGGAGCUGGUGCAGGGCAGAGAUAAGUAUGAAGAGCUGUGCAUUCCCAUGGUGGUCAUCCCCGCCACUGUCUCCAACAACGUCCCCGGCUCAGACUUCAGUAUCGGAGCUGACACAGCCCUCAACACCAUCACCUCGACCUGUGACAGGAUCAAGCAGUCAGCAGCAGGCACCAAGCGUCGCGUGUUCAUCAUUGAGACCGCAGGAGGGUACUGUGGUUACCUGGCUACCAUGGCAGGUCUGGCUGCUGGGGCUGAUGCUGCAUACAUCUAUGAGGACAAAUUUGGUAUUAGAGACCUGGAGAUGAACGUAGAGCAUCUCGUGCAGAAGAUGAAGACAGACGUGAAGAGAGGUUUGAUUCUCAGGAAUGAGAACUGCAAUGCCAACUACACCACAGACUUUAUCUUCGCCCUCUACUCUGAGGAGGGCAAGGGCAUCUUUGACUGCCGCAAGAACGUUCUGGGACACAUGCAACAGGGCGGCACCCCAACACCUUUCGACCGGAACUUUGGCACCAAGAUGGGUUCCAAGGCUGUUUUGUGGAUAACAGAGAAACUCAAGGAGGUCUAUAGACACGGUCGUAUCUUCGCUAACACCCCAGACUCUGCCUGUGUGCUGGGCAUGAAGAAGAGAGCACUGACGUUCCAGCCUCUUGCUGAGCUGAAGGAACAGACAGACUUUGUGCACCGCAUCCCCAAAACAUCGUGGUGGCUGAAACUGAGGCCAAUCAUGAAGAUCCUUGCUAAAUACAACAUCAGCCUGGACACAUCUGAGCAUGCCCACAUGGAGCAUGUUAUCAAAAAGAGGGUGUCGAUGCCAGCGCCACUGAUGAAGAAGGCAUGUCCUCCCACUAAACACGAGGAGGAAGAGUAAUUGUUCUGUGUUACAUGUAUGUCAGUGGAGGGCUGGUGGGAGGAGCUAUAGGAGGAUGGGCUCAUUGUAAUGGCUGGAAUGGAAUAAAUGGAACAAUAUCAAACACAAAUAUAUGGAAACCAUAUGUUUGACUCCAUUACCUUUUUUCCAUUCCAGCCACUACAAUGAGGAAUCCUCCUAUAGCUCCUCCCACCAGCCGCCUCUGAUGUAUGUCUAUAUCAGGGUUCAACCAACAGGCCAAUUGGAGCAGCCCACCAAAUAGUUAGGAAAAAUACAUGCACUUCCCAAAUUGUUUAAAGUCAGUAUUGUGGGUUCAUUUCAUCACUGUUUUGAUUGUGACUGCCCCAUUGUGCUCUUUUUGGGACAAGUGUGGGGGGGACUCCUCUUGCUAAAUCAAUGUCAGAUUGGAUAUCCAAAUAUUUUGGAUAUUUGGUAACAAUUAGACUGGGAAAAUGUUAGUUAAAUUGAGGUGAGUGCUCGUGAUAAUCUUUAUUCUAGUUUGCUCAUAUUCGCUGAUUAGAACAUUUUGCAAGAAUGUUAUGUGGCCUAACAAGUGUAUUUUGCUCUUCACUCGGUAGUAGCCUGUGAUACACCCGACCUAAUGCCUGUGACUUUACUGAUAAAUCAAUAUGGUUUUGUUUCACUGAAUUUAUGUCUGUAUAUUGCUUAAAUGAUCUCUGGCUGGGCAAGUGGAGGUGGUUCAUUUAUUUGUUAGCUCAUCCAUCACUGAUCAGAAACAUUUAGCAAGCAAUAGCCUAAAUAAUGUAUUUUUGCUCGACCCACCUCGUAGUAGCCUUGCAUAAUCAAUCCAUCAACCUGUGAGCGCACGUUAUGUCUUAAUUUAGCCUACAAAAAUAUAAUCAAUCAAUAAUUCAUGCCAUUAGACAGCAAACGAGUCAUUAAUACCUUUAAAUACAACCAAGCGUUUUAUUAUUAUGUAGGACUAAAAGACUGGGCCGAUCGCGGUUGGAUUCGGGCUGAGAAUGAGCACUCUGCAGACUGUCAAGUAUCACACACACCAAGCUCCCGGCUACUAUCAAAUCCACAUUGACAUUACCCCUAGUUAGUCACAACUGGCUUAAAACCCAAACGUAACAAUAUCUGUCAAUACAUUUCCCGCAAUAUUGCCCCUGUAUGUCUGUGUGGUGUGCCUGUUUGCCUAUCAUUCACUUCGUAUACCAGUUAGCGGAAAUAACAAUUGUCUUCUCGGUAGACAGACAACCCCAAACCUAAUCAUUUUAAUGUCAACUGAAAACCAGGUUUACCUGGCAGAAUUAUAUCAUGAUUAUUUGUACCGAUUGGGUGGGCGUUUGUUUUGCAAACUGGUAUGACAUAUGCAGUUGCAAAAACAUUGCUAAACCAGCAAGUUCCUCUCUCGCAAAAUGUGCAUUUAAAGUGGUAUUACACUCAAAUCAGAAUUGAUUUUUUUUCCAGGCCGAAAGAUGGUAUUCUGGUGUGAUUUAAGCAUUGACAUUGAUUCAGAACAUAACAUUGCAUUGUUUCUCUAUGAAUAAUUGUAAUUCUGAGUUAAAUAAAAAUACAUCCCAAACCACAAAAAAUAAAACUGAGAGAACAGAAUUUGGGAAAAUACAAGGAGUGCAUGUUUCAAAGCUAGGAAAGCAAUUGUGAGUAGCUCACAUGAUUUAACAGUAGCUCUCAUGCCAGAAAAGGUUGGAGACCCCUGGCAUAUGGAGAAGGAAGUGGUGCAUGAAAGGGAAGAGUAAUUUUUUUAAUGUUACAUGAAUGUCUGUUUUGCAUGUUUGUUUCUGUUUUAAUGAAUCAUCUGACUCAUUAACUAAACAAGAGCUACAUUCUUUCUUACUGUUGUCUUCUUUUUGGACUUGCAUAUCCUCUUCUUUUUGAUCUUCUCAAACAUUUUUCCUUGCACCUUUUUAUUUCUCAACCAGUGAACCCUGUGUGUGCUGCCCUGAUCUGGAAACCCGUUUUACUGCUUCAAGAAUUAAACACGUUACGAUUUUG